AUGAGUAACAGCAUCAUCAACUUGACCAACCCCUCGAUCCCUUUGGGUUCUACUAUUCUCGUCACUGGAGUUAAUGGCCUUAUCGGUAGUCACAUUGCAGACCAAGUAUUAGCUGCAGGCUAUCAAGUUCGUGGCACAGUUCGAAAUCAGAGCAAAAGCGCGUGGGUUGAAGCUCUAUUCACAACCAAAUAUGGCGAUGGUCGGUUCAAAUUGUUUGAGGUUCCAGAUCUUGCACUGAAAGGAGUCUGGAACUCACCAAUCAAAGGUGUUUCGGGAGUUGUAUCUGUGGCCGGGCUCGCCAAUCUGAUGGUUCAAGAUGUCGAAGGCGCAGUGAAGGACGAUCUUGACGGCUUCUUCAAUCUACUCGACGCUGCAAAGGCGGAAACCACGGUCAAGGCCUUUGUUUUCACUAGUUCAUCAUGGGCUGUUUGGACUCCCAAAGCGAACACACCUAUGAGUGUGACAGAGUCGACAUAUAACGAGGAAGCUAUCGGUGUAGCGAAUGAUACCAAACUGGAGCCGGCUCAAAAGGGGAUUGCUCCCUUUAUGGCCACGAAAGUCAAAGUGGAACAGGGAUGUUGGGGCUGGGUUGCUCGAGAGAAGCCCUCAUUUACGUUCAAUUCAGUUCUCCUGAGCACUGUUCUGGGACCGAUUCUCAGCUCAAAGGACCAGAGUGCUAGCACUGCGGGCAUGGUCAAGUGGCUAUUGACCAAAGAACACUUGGAUGUGAUGGAGCACAUCGCACCACAAUGGUUCAUUGAUGCCCGCGACGCCGGCAGGCUGUAUGUGGCUAUUCUAACCAACGAGAAUGUUGACCGAGAACGAGUGCUAGGGUGCGGUGGGAGAUUUAGUUUUCCAAAGGUUCUAGAGAUUUUGAAAGAGGCGUACCCGGAAAGGAAGGGGGAGUUCGCCGAUCUACCCGAUGCCGGCUGGGAUCAGACUGAAUUGCCUAGCGACAAGUCGCUUGCUCUCCUGAAUAAGGUUGGCCAGUCUGAAUGGACUACACUAGAACAGAGUGCCAAGGACAACUUCGAGAGCUUUGCUAUUUAA